UUUUUUUUUUGUUGGUUGGAAUGAGUGAACCAUUAUUGAAUAGUUACAACCUUGAUAACGACUUGCAAAAUGAAGAAGAACUAGUUGAAUGGAAAAAUACUUUUAAGUCAACAAGAUAUUCCCUUUUGAAAAGAUUUAUUGGUCUUAUCGUUAGUGUCUUGUUAUUAGUCUUAUUAGGAAUGACUAUUGCUCUGUUUUUAACGCCAUUAAAAACAGUUGAAGAACCAACAGAAGAAUUCAAUAAUAAUAAUAAUAGUAACAAUAAUAACGAUACUAUAAACCAACCGAAAUUACGAAAUGUUAUCAUGAUGAUAAGUGAUGGAUUAGGACCAGCAUCUGUAUCAUUUGCACGUACUUAUCAUCAAUAUAUUAACAAUUUGCCUUAUGACUUUGAAAUGCCUUUGGAUACUAUUCAUAUUGGUCAAUCUCGUACAAGAAGUUCUAGUACUUUGGUAACUGAUAGUGCUGCUGGCGCUACUGCCUUUAGUUGCGGUUUAAAAACAUAUAAUGGUGGUGUUGGAGUGGAUCCUCAUGGCAAACCUUGUGGAACUCUUUUGGAAUCAGCAAAACAUCACUUACAAAUGAAAACUGGAUUAGUAGCCACUUCAAGAAUUACACAUGCUACUCCAGCUUCCUUUUCAGCACAUGUGGUCGAUCGGGAUAACGAAAAUGCUAUUGCUACACAACAAAUGGGAGAGAAUCCAUUAGGUGUUAGUGUGGAUUUGAUGUUUGGUGGAGGUUAUUGUCACUUUUUACCUAAAUCUGUACAUCAAAGUUGUCGCAGAGAUGAACGCCACUUAUUGGAAGAAGCCAAACAAAAAUUCAAUUGGACCACAGUGACACAUGGUGAUCGACACUUUUGGGAUGAUAUACCUGUUGAUCCUUCCUUACUACCCAUCAUCAGUCUAUUUACACCAGACCAUAUGUCGUAUGAAAUUGAUCGUGAACAAUCGAAGGAACCUAGUUUGACUGAAAUGUCUGAUAAAGCUUUACAAUUAUUAUCAAGUGCAACCAAAGAUUCUGAUACUGGAUUCUUUUUGAUGAUUGAAGGAAGUCGGAUUGAUAUGGCUGCUCAUUCUAAUGACCCUGCUGCUCAUGUACAUGAGAUUUUAGAAUACCAGAACACCAUUGCUCUUGUUAAAAACUUUGUAGAUCAGCAUCCAGAUACUAUUAUGAUAUCUACAAGUGAUCAUGAAACUGGCGGACUCUCUUUAGCAAGACAAGUUUCUGCGAAAUAUCCAAAAUAUUUGUGGUACCCUGAUGUACUCAAGAAUGUCAAAAGAUCUACAGCUAUUUUAGGAACAGAAAUACUUCAUUUGAACAAGGAUGAUAGACAAAAGAAAAUCACUGAACAAUUAGGAAUAGUGGAUAUCACUAAAGAAGAAAUGGACACGCUGGGGAAAAUCUCAAGUAAGAAGCGCAUGGAUCAAUAUUUGGCUGAAAUGAUAUCUAUACGAUCACAACUCGGCUGGACUACGCAUGGUCACAGUGGUGUGGAUGUAAAUCUUUACGCUUAUGGACAAAACCUGAAUGAUUUACGAGGAAGUCAUGAAAACAUCGAGAUUGGACAAUUUAUAUCUGAAAAAUUGGGAUUGGAUUUGGAUGAUGUGACAACUCGACUGAACAGGGCUGAUCCUUCCUUUCAUCUGACACCACUUACUGAAAAGGGGAAGGUGGACUAUACCAAUCACUUGGAUCAAUAUCAUCAUGAAGCUAGUCUUUUACAUCAUCCUGCUCUAUAGUAUAUAUAUAUUCUAAUAUAUUUCAUUUAUUUUCCUCUAUUCAUUUUGUAUAUAUCAUUUUAUCAAUAAAAUAAAUUGUUUAAGUCGCCUAAGGCGUUCCUUUUUUUUUUU